AACAUUCCACCGUAAACAACAUUACUAUGUACCCAAACGUCAUUUGCACUAGGCCUUGUGCUCGUGUUAAUGUUAUCAGGUCCAACUUCUAUGAAGAUGAUUAUGACACUGAUAAAUCAUAUGCAUCAUCUAGAUAUUCUGAAACUUUUUACAAAGAUAUUAAAUGUCAAUCUAGUCAGACUGAUUUAAUACUUAUUGACAAAUCCACCCCUACCUUUUAUAGUUGGCAACGUAGCUCUAGCUGUAAAGAUUUCAUUUCACCUAGAUCUUGUUCUGGAGAAACUCCUCUUGUUGAAAAUGAAGAAGUUAAUUCUUCAUUUGACCGAAAUAGUUCAUUAGAUCACCCUAUUACUAAAAUAUUCUCAAGCAGUUAUCCUGGUACCACUUCUAGUUUAUCAACUGAAAGUGGUAGUGAUCGUAAACUUGAAAAAGUGGGUAGUGUUAGAAUUGUACCUGAUACAGAUGAUAUGUAUCAAGAUGAUAUUAGUCAAGAUUCAUAUGAAUUACUUGAAAAAGAAAUAUUUGAUACUACUGUUAGUGACGAAGAAGAUGAAAUAUUUUAUGUAGAAAAUGAUAAUAAAGAAAAUACUUUAGAAAUUGAAAAACGAUUAGGUUACUUAGAACCUAAAUAUAGAGAUAUAGAGUUUAAUAAAUUUAAUGAAAUUUGCAAAAAAGAGUUGGCUUCUAGAAGUAAAGAACAAAUUUUUACAAAUAAUACUAUUCGAUUUAAUGCAUUGGAAAAUAAAAGUGAAACAAGUCAUGUUCCUGUAGAGCGUACCAAAAGUGAUUCAUAUAUGAGUGCUCCUAAACAUAAACCUCAUAAACUUUUACAUCAAAAAUCCAUAGAUUUGACACCCCUUGAUAAUUUUGAACCAAGUGCUGUUAAACUAGAAUUAGAUAUCCCUUAUAUAUUACAUAAACGACAUACAUUUGAAGGUUCAUCUAAUGAAGAGAAUACAGUAAAAUGGUCAACAAUUAAAUGUGGUUCCGAUCAUUAUUCUCAAGAUUCUGGUUUAUCAUUAUCAGCACAAUCUACAAGUUAUGUAAGUGUUGAAGAUGACAGUCCUGUUAAUUUAGAUACACUUUUAUUAAAUAAAUAUCAUGACAAUGUUGUAACAACAUGUAAAAGUUCAGAGCUUAUUCAAAUGGCGUACAAAUCAACUUCAUUUAAUGAAUCUGAUGUUAAAACAACUACAAAUGAUAAAGUUCAUAAACUAAAGUCUUGUCAUAGUGCUGAUAGUGUACCUGUUAAUAAAGGCAAAAAAAUGUAUUACCAACCUCGAAGUGCAGAUACUGGAUUAAAAAAAGAAGUUGAAGUAAUACAAAUUAACCCUGAGGAAGACAUUAAACCUGAAGACGUAAAAAUUGUAGAAUAUCGAGGGGGAAAAGCUAAAAAAAUAAGAAAGGAUUCUGUUGUUAGUAAAGAUAACAAAAGUUUAGGAUCAGCUUCUACAUCAGUUGCUUCGAGUUCUCCUGGUUUAUCACCUGAAAGAUGUAUUUCAAAUAGCCCUAAAAAAGAAAACAUUUUUAAGUCGUCUGCUGUUAAAAUAAAAAUUGCUACUGCUUUGUCUUCAAAUUCCAACCAUGUAGUUCCUAAUGUUGUAAUUAGUGAUGAUAAUAAUAUAACAAAUGACAAUAAUAUACCUAUGGAAUAUAGUGCCCUUCCAGAUAUUGUGUCAAACUCUGUAAAUAACUCUAAAAUUACAUAUUCUGAAAUAACUCAGAAUAUCAAACCAAAAAAAGUUGAAACUAGUAGCACUGGAAAAGACGAAGAGCAAGUUGUUCCUAUUAGUAAUAAUUUUAAUGAAACUAAAUUGAAAUUAAAAAGUGCAUUGUCUUGUAUGAUGUCUUCACAUCCAAAUAUUGCACCUCAACCUACAAAUUCAGAAUCUAAAACUAAUAAAAUAAAUAAAUUUCAAUCAUUAGCCUCAAGAAUAACAAAUUUUGAUGUAAUUACUAAUAAUACAAAAAUUGAUCAGUCGUUAGCUGAACUACCAAAAAAAAAAUUAACUGAUAAAAUACCUCAAAAACGAGAAAAGUCUCCUGUACUAUUUGCUAGAUUAGGUUUAUCUGAGGGUUCAGCAUUUCCAAAUGUUCCUGGCCAAUCUCAAUCUCAAAGACGUGCUAUAUCUUUAGAUUCACCUGUUGUAUCACUUCAUCAACUUCCUUUGGUUACAUCAUUUUCUAGUAAGGACGAUACAGUUGAUAAUGAAGAUGAUAUAGAGUUAGAAGAAAAGCCAAUUAAAUGGUGGAACAUUAAAGUUGAUGAGACUAUUGUAGAAUGCCUUACAUAUCUAAUUGAUGUUGUUGUGGGAUCAGAUAAUCCUGAUAGUAUAUCAUUAUCUCCAAGUAUAACACCUGAAAGAAGACGUUCAAGUACUCGACAAGAACGUUUGGACUCAUUUAAAAAAUUAAAAAAUUUCGAAAUUGAAGUUUGGGAUUCAGAAGAACUAAAUGUGACGUCUACUAUUGAUUAUGAACACAAAGACUUUGAAGAUGAAACAUUUAUUGUGCCUGUAAGUACUUGUGCAACUAAUACUGUCACUCAAAAACAUAGUAAUAAAUGUUCUACUGAUGAUGAUUGGGUAUCUGUUGAUGAUUCUGGAAGUAGUGAGGAAAUACCAUUUAAAGAACUUGAUUCACAAAGUUCAGAUGAAACAAAACGAACAACUCAAAAAACAGGUCAGAGUGUUUCAGAAAUUAUCGAGGAUACAGUAAUUGAAGCAGAUAAUUCUACUACUGAUAAAAAAGAUAAUUGUGAAAAAGAACCAGAACCUAAUUUGGAUGUUUUUACAGAAGAAAUUGAUCAUGCUGAAUUGAUUAAUAAAUUGGGGUGCAUUGAAAUUCCACCUAAGUUGGAGCCUAAACGACAUCAUAAGCUUUCUUUAGAAAGCUCUGGUAGUUCAAGCCUUGAUGAUCCACCUCAUAUGGAUGACUUGAGUGGAAACAUUGCUGAUGAAGAAGAUGUCACAUCUAGCCCUUUACCCCCUACUCCAGAUGUUACAUAUUCUGGUAUGUAUCUCAUAGGGUAUGGUGUUUAUGGUAUGUCUAGAACAUUAUCUAGAAUAAGUGAACAGAGCACUUCUGAAAAAUCAGAGAUUGAUGAUGAAUUGUCUACAAAAUAUUCAACUCAAUCUGCUUCUUUGGAUGAUUCUAUAUUGUCUAGUGAUUGCCAACCAAGUUUAUGUUCUGAUGCGAUGGAUAGUUUACCAGACUUGCCACCAUUACCAGUAGAAUAUGCGUUUGAUAUACCUUCACCUAUCGAAGAAUGGCCUUCUCCUAAAAGUGAAGAACUGACUCCUAUUGAACAAAAACAUUUUGAUGAUGAUGAAGAUGCUAAAACAAUUAAUAAUGAUGAUGUUGUAGAAGAAAAAGAUGAACUACGUCGAGCACCAUCUACAAACAAGCCUAGACUAUCGUUUGGUGAUGAUACAUCAGCUGGGAUAUCUACAUCAGAAUUUUCAAGCAAUGCCACAAUUCUUCACCAUUACGAUAAUGUUUGUCCACCUCCAGAGUUUUUGAAUAAAGAUUCAGAUGAAUAUGACUCCCCAUUUACAGAAUCGGAUGAAUCCAAAUUCUACCGACCACCAGCACACAUGUUUGAACUACCUAAAACAAGUAUGAAAACUAAAAAGAGCCGUAUGCCACAUGGUCCUGCAUCAUUAGAUGCAACUGUACCAAAACCUAAAACUUUAGCUACUAGAGCUCGUUGUCAUUCUUAUUUCUCAUUGACUCGUAGUCCUCCUAGUGAUGCUUCAUCGUCAUCUCUUGAAGCCCAAGAGCCACCUAAUGUUCCAAAUACAAUACCUAGGGCUUCCAAAAGAAGACGCUAUACUCAUACCUUAAAAAGAAAACCUAAAGUAAUACAAAUAACUAAAGUAUAGUGCGAAUUUCAACUAUAGAGAUAUAAAUAAGCCUCCACCUAAACCUCUAUUUAAUAAUUAAUAAUUACGUUUAUUUGAACCAAUUUUUAAAUAUUAAUGGCAAAUAGGGUGUAGUAUAACAAAUAAUGUGUUAAGAGAGUUAAGGUUGACAACAUUUUUAUUAGAUAAUUUGUUUAGCAUUUUACAAGGUACCUACAUUAGUAAUUUUUUCUUUAAUAUUUAUGUUAUAAAUAUGUUUUUUAUGGUUG